GCUCCGUGCGGCUCUGCACGCGCCGCACCCGACGCGCCGCACGUAGGCGCCGCUUAAAGCGGCAACGCGGCGGGGCCGGCGCGACCGGGCGAGCUGCGGCUCGCGGGCCCCAGCGGGCGGAGCCAGCGCCGCUUUAAGAGACCGGCGCCCGGUGGUUUUAUUUACAUGGGGGCUCGCGGGCGUCACGUGAGCGCCAGCGGCGGGGCCAUGGCGGGAACCGGCGACGACGGCUCCUGGGUGGAGCUGCGGUGUGGCCCAGGCUGCCCGGAGCCCGAGCUGGCACCUUCACCGUUCUCCUGCCACGCCGACGUGGAGCGGAUGCUGCUGGAGGCCCAGCUGGAGACAGAGAGCAGUGACGGGGCCCUGCUCGUGCUGGGCUCCCCAGCCUGGGAUGAUGACAGAGCCAGCCAUGGGAGUGAUCAGCCAGGGGAGACAGAAGUGCUGGCUGCACACAGCCAGCCCCAGCCAGGCUGCCCCUACUCUUGGCAGCGGGAUGUGCCAGAGGAAGCCAAGUGGAGGCAGCGACGCCUGACAGCGUCCCUGGGCUGGGCCUGUACCCGCUGCCCUCGGUACCUGUCCCCAGAGGAAUUUGCCUUUGUGUGCUCCCCCCAGCCAGUGCUGUGGAGCCUGCAGGGAGGUGCAGUGGGGAGGAAGAGGAGACUUUUCAGUUCAGAGCUGCUGCUGCUCUUCAUCCCCUCGCUCCUGCUCAGCCACCUGCUGACCUUGGGGCUGGGGAUCUACAUUGGGAAGCGCCUGGCAGCCUCCUCGGCCAGCCCUCUGUGAGGAGCUGGGCAGGCAGCGCCCGCUGCUCCGCUGGGAAUGCGGGGAGAGCCCGGCCCCAGCGCAGCCUGACCGCUCCCCGUGCUCCCCGUGAGUGUCCCUCAGCCCUGCCCCGGGGGCUGAUCCCACUCUCCCCGUAGAACAGAACCCGCUGAUGGCAGCUCCCAGCUGCAGGCAGCCCCUGCCCUCCCCAGCCCCCGGUUACGGGUCCAGGUCCCCCUGUAACAGACUGUAAAUACAACUGAGCCCACCUGAAUAAAGAGCCCAGUGUCUGGGA